AGCCGGGCGGCUCCUCGGCCCCAAAUCCGCCCCAUGCCUGCCCCCUCCGUCCUCUGCUGCCAGGCAGGGCAGUCCCCAGCGCAGCCCCCGGGGUUCCCGGAUCCCGGCUGCAGGUGCUCGGCGCUGCACACGGCCAAGCCGCGCUAGAGCCGGCAGAGGGCGCCGGGGAGCCCGGGGGCGGGGCCUGGCCUCGAAGCCCCGCCCACGAAGAGGCUUCUCCGUCGAUCGGCCCCGCCCCCCGGCUGUGCCAUUCCCCACGCGGGCCGCGGUGGCAGCAGUGUCAGGCGGGGGCGGGGCUACGCGGGCCGUACCACGUCGGGGGGGGGCGGCCACGUGCCCUCCCGCCGCAGGAGAUGGGCCCUCCCGGGCGGGGACGGCGCGCCCGAUCCGGCGCGGGCCGCAGCGCCAUGGCCGGGGCCCCGCGGCUCGUGCUGCUGCUGAGCGGCAAAAGGAAGUCGGGCAAGGACUUUGUGGCGGAGCAGCUGCGGAGCCGGUUGGGGCCCGACGUCUGCGCCGUGCUGCGGCUCUCGGCGCCCCUGAAAGAGCAGUACGCUCAGGAGCACGGCCUGGACUUCCCGCAGCUCCUGGGCGCCGGCGACUACAAGGAGCGGUACCGGCAGGACAUGAUCCGCUGGGGCGAGGAGCGGCGCCGGGCCGACCCCGGCUUUUUCUGCCGGGCCGCGGUGCGGGGGGCCGUGCAGCCCGUGUGGGUGGUGAGCGACACGCGGCGCCCGUCGGACGUGGCCUGGUUCCGGGCCGCCUACGGGCCGGCCGUCCGCACCGUGCGCGUGCAGGCGUCGGAGGAGGCGAGGACGAGCAGGGGCUGGGCCUUCGUGGCGGGGGUGGACGAUGCGGAGUCCGAGUGCGGUCUAGACCAGGGCCUGGCCUUUGACUGGACCCUGCACAACGACGGCGACGCCGCAGCCCUGGAGGGCCAGUUGCGGGCCGUGCUGCGGGCCGUCCAGGACCAGCUCUAGCGGCGCCGGGGCCCUUCCCUGCAGUGAAGCCGGAGCCGCUGGGCCACGCCCAGAAAGCCCGAGGCUGGGCCGUAGAGCAGGGGUGCGGGGCUCCUUGGUGCUAGCUCUGGCCCAUGACGGGUAUCCUGGAGGGGGCUGAUCCCUGCAGGGCAGGGGCAGGAUGGCAGGAUGCUGAACGCCGGUGGAGCAGGGCCCGGAGCGGGGUGUCCGGCAGGUGGGGGGCAGCUCCCGGGAGAGUCGCCGGGGCACUGGGGCGGGUGUCGCUCCCUUGCCUUCCACCAGGGGUCAGGGCGCCCCAGCCGUGCGUGGGCCCGGGGUUCCCGGGCUGCGCUGCUGGAGCUGGUGUCGCUGCAAUAAAGCUGAUGGCUGAGAA